UGCCGAGCUGCAGAGCUUCACUCUGAACAUCACUGCAGGGAACCUUCUACCUCACCUCCGGGUCUUGCACAGGAAGCAGCAGGAACCUUCUACCUCACCUCCGGGUCUUGGACAGGAAGCAGCAGGAACCUUCUACCUCACCUCCGGGUCUUGGACAGGAAGCAGCAGGAACCUUCUACCUCACCUCCGGGUCUUGGACAGGAAGCAGCAGGAACCUUCUACCUCACCUCCGGGUCUUGGACAGGAAGCAGCAGGAACCUUCUACCUCACCUCCGGGUCUUGGACAGGAAGCAGCAUCAUGACUCUAGCAGCAUACAGAGAGAAGAUGCGAGAGCUCCCCCUGGUGUCUCUCUUCUGCUCCUGCAUUCUCCCCCAACCCAGAGACGACAAGAAGGAAGGCGUGGUGGACCUGAACCUGUGCAACAUCCGGGACAUGGAGGUGAUCGAGCUGAGUAAGCGGACGAGCGGCCAGGCCUUCGAGGUCAUCCUGAUGCCGCCCACCUUUGACGGCGGCCCUGAGCUCAGGGCGACCACGCCGCCUCGCCAGAAACCCUCUCUGGAGGAGAUCCAGAAGAAACUGGCCGCAGCUCAGGAGAGGAGGAAGUGUCAGGAGGCGGAGCUGCUGAAGCACCUGGCCGAGAGGAGGGAGCACGAGAGGGAAGUCGCUCAGAAAGCUCUGACCAAAGAGCGCCAAGAGCACCGCGCCGACGCUGACAAGGAGCAGCGGCAGAUGCACCUGAACGCCUCACGGGAGCGACUGCACGUGGAGGACAAGCACAGCGUGGAGGUGUCUUGAUGGCCUGAUCACAACACAAGCUGAACUUUCUUUGAAGCCGUUCGAGGGCGAUCGUCUGAGGCUCGAAGCCUCCGGCUCUGAAAAGAGCCAGAGAAGAAGAAAGAGAGGAGGACUGAGGGCGAGUCCGACUGCUCUUCACCAGAUGAACUCUCAAUAACCAGGAGAACACGCUGCGUAUUCAUCAUCGCCAUGCCGACAGUGCCAAUGUGUGUGUGUGUGUGUGUGUGUGUGUGUGUGUGUGUGUGUGUGUGUGUACACGGAUCAAGGAAUCAAAGUCUUUUGUAAACAGUUGGACUGAAGGACCUGGACGUCUUCUUCUUCUGCGUCACAUGAUCCCGAUAUGAUAAUAUAAUGACUCAAAGGACUCACAAAACCAGUCCGGAUCAAAGGACUCACAAAACCAGUCCGGGUCAAAGGACUCACAAAACCAGUCCGGAUCAAAGGACUCACAAAACCAGUCCGGGUCAAAGGACUCACAAAACCAGUCCGGAUCAAAGGACUCACAAAACCAGUCCGGAUCAAAGGACUCACAAAACCAGACCGGGUCAAGGACUCACAAAACCAGUCACUCACAAAACCAGUCCGGGUCAAGGACUCACAAAACCAGUCCGGGUCAAAGGACUCACAAAACCAGUCCGGGUCAAAGGACUCACAAAACCAGUCCGGGUCAAAGGACUCACAAAACCAGUCCGGAUCAAAGGACUCACAAAACCAGUCCGGGUCAAAGGACUCACAAAACCAGUCCGGGUCGAGGACUCACAAAACCAGUCCGGAUCAAAGGACUCACAAAACCAGUCCGGGUCGAGGACUCACAAAACCAGUCCGGGUCAAGGACUCGUUUGUAGCCCGUGUGGCUAACGCUAGCCGCGAGCUACAUCACAGCACCUCCUGCUGGGCCAAAUGAAUAUUUCUUGUGAAUAACUGUGUGUGUGUGUGUGUGUGUGUGUGUGUGUGUGUGUGUGUGUGUGUGUGUGUGUGUGUGUCGGUCUGUUUCGUGAAUGUGAAGGAGCGUGAGAUGAUGAUGAAGAUGAAAUGAAGAUGAUGAUGUACAGGAAUCAUUCUAUUUUAAAUUAAAAAAUAAAAACAUUGACAUUU